CUGGAGGCUCAGGCGGUGACGUAGACUUCCGGUUUGGUGGCCUUAACGCGCGCGCGGCUGUCGCGAGGACUCGGGGGUCGUUUGGCCCGGUGGCCCGGCACCUCAGCUCUCAAGAGCGCCAUGAGGUCGGUUAGCUACGUGCAGCGCGUGGCCCUGGACUUCAGCGGGAGCCUUUUCCCGCACGCCAUCUGCCUCGGAGACGUCGAUAACGACACAUUAAAUGAACUGGUAGUGGGAGACACCAGUGGGAAACUGUCUGUGUAUAAGAAUGAUGACAGCCGGCCAUGGCUCACCUGCUCCUGCCAGGGAAUGCUGACUUGUGUUGGCGUCGGAGAUGUGUGUAAUAAAGGAAAGAACCUGGUGGUGGCAGUCAGUGCAGAGGGCUGGCUUCACUUAUUUGACCUGACAUCCACCAAGGCUCUGGAUGCUUCUGGGCACCAUGAAACUCUUGGAGAGGAGCAGCGUCCUGUCUUCAAGCAGCACAUCCCGGCCAACACCAAGGUCAUGCUGAUCAGUGACAUCGAUGGAGAUGGGUGUUACGAGUUGGUGGUAGGAUACACAGACCGUGUGGUACGGGCCUUCCGCUGGGAAGAGAUGGCUGAGGGGCCUGAACACCUGACAGGGCAGCUGGUGUCCCUCAAGAAGUGGAUGCUGGAGGGUCAGGUAGACAGUCUCUCUGUGACCCCGGGGCCUCUGGGUGUGCCUGAGCUGGUUGUAUCACAGCCAGGGUGUGCUUAUGCAGUUCUACUAUGUACCUGGAACAAGGACACUGGCUCCCCUCCUGCCUCUGAGGAGGCCACAGGAGACAGUAGGGAAACCCCGGCUGCCAGGGACAUAGUGCUGCACCAGACGUCUGGCCGGAUCCACAACAAGAACGUCUCCACUCACCUGAUUGGCAACAUCAAACAAGGUCAUACCCCUGAAACUGGUAACUCAGGCCUCUUUGCCCUGUGCACCCUAGAUGGGACGCUAAAGCUGAUGCAAGAAGCAGAUAAGCUGUUGUGGUCUGUACAGGUGGAUCACCAGCUUUUUGCCCUGGAGAAGCUGGAUGUCACGGGCAAUGGGCUUGAAGAGGUGGUGGCGUGUGCCUGGGAUGGGCAGACAUAUAUCAUCGAUCACAACCGCACCGUGGUCCGCUUCCAAGUGGAUGAAAAUAUCCGUGCCUUCUGUGCAGGCCAGUAUGCCUGCAAAGACGGCCACAACAGCCCCUGCUUGGUAUAUGUCACUUUCAAUCAGAAGAUCUACGUGUACUGGGAUGUGCAGCUGGAGCGGAUGGAGUCCACUAAUCUGUUGAAGCUGCUGGAGGCUGAGCCUGAGUACCACAGCCUGCUGCAGGAGCUGGGUGUGGAUCCUGAUGACCUCCCUGCAGUCUGUACCCUGCUUCAGCAGACUCUCUACCACCCGGACCAGCCACCACAGUGCACCCCCUCAGGCUGCCAGGACCCCACCUAGCUGGGCUUGGCCAGUUAGCUGGUGAAGGAUCCUUGAUCUUGGCAGGAUGGGAAGUGUAUAUUACAGUGGAGUGGGACGUUACUCUCGGCAUGGAAGGAUGGCGGCACCCCUGAAAGCCUUUGAUGAAUGCCCCGUGGUCACCACCUGGAUCCCAGGCUUGUAAAUCACCCGGGCCCUGUGCUUCCCUCCUCCUGUCCUUACUCUCAUUGUGGAAAACAGACUCGUUUGUGAGAAAAGGCAGCAAACCUUUUCCAUGGUGCCAGCACCUGAAAGGACACCAGGAUUCAGGCCUGAGGGACUAGGGGAGCAGCGGAGGUGAGCCCCACCCCUCCUGCUCCCGCUGAGUGCCUUUCACAGCUUAGCUCCAGGCAGCUGACAGCAGUAAUUAUUACAGGAAUGGCAGUGUUUGUUUAAGGGCAUCUUUCAAGACAUGUUCCUGUCUCAUCUUCCUGUAUUCUUCCAGUUGUUGAAGCAACUAGGUCAGGGCUUUCUCAUUUUGUCAUUGUCUCUCUGUCUUUCUCUUUCUCUCUGAUUUUGGUGGUGAUGGUGGUUGGUUGGUUUUUGUUUGUUUGUUUUUUUGUUUUGUUUGUGUGUAUGUGUCUGUUCAGAAGUGGAGCCCAGGGCCUUGCACAUGCUAGCCAAGCACUUUGCUAUUCAGCUACACCUCGGCCCUGCCAUAUUCUAAAGUUUUGGUUUUUUGUUUUGUUUUGUUUUGGUUUUGGUUUUUUGAGACGGUGAAACAGUCCUGGCUAUCCUGGAACUCUGUAGACUAGGCUAGCCUGGAACUCACAGAGAUCUGCCUGGCUCUGCCUCUCGAGUGCUGGGAUUAAAAGCAUGCGCCACCAUUGUCGGGCUGUUCUAAAGUAUUGUGCUGCUUGAGAGCUUCCCAAGUACUCUACUGUCUAUAAAAAAGUAGACACCUUGCUGGGCGGUAGUGGCACACGCCUUUAAUCCUAGCACUCGGGAGGCAGAACCAGGCGGAUCUCUGUAAAUUUGAGGCCAGCCUGGUCUACAAAGCGAGAUCCAGGACAGGCACCAAAACACCACAGAGAAACCCUGUCUCGGGGAAAAAAAAAAAAAAAAAAAAAAAAAAAAAAAAAAGUAGACACCUGCAGCUUGUCCUCUGAUAUGUGCCAAUGUAAUCCCAGUACUUGGGAGGAAGAUCAUAAGUUCAAGGCCAGCCAAGGCUCCAUAGCAAGUUUGAGACCAUCGUGGGUCACAUUUGGAGAUUUUAUCUUAAAAAUCCAAACAGAAAAGACAUUAACAAUCAGUACUGUAAUUAGAAUUAUAUAAUUGAGCCAGGCAUGGUGGCACACACCAGUUUGAGACCAUCGUGGGUCACAUUUGGAGAUUUUAUCUUAAAAAUCCAAACAGAAAAGACAUUAACAAUCAGUACUGUAAUUAGAAUUAUAUAAUUGAGCCAGGCAUGGUGGCACACACCUUCAGUCCCAGCACUUUGAUGAUAGAGGCUGGUGGAUCUCUUUGAGUUCAAGGCAGCCUGAUCUACACAACAAGUUUCAGACCAACCGUAGUAAGACCCUACCUUAAAAAAAAAUAUAGUUUAUGCCAUUUAUGUUUUUAUCUGCUCAUUAUUGUGUGUGCUAUGAGUAAGUAUUUUUCCAGUUACAGGUGAGAAUCCUUUGAUGGAUUGUGGCUAGGGUUUGUAUGUUAUAUGUGUGUACAUAUACAUUUACCCAUGCACACAUGGGUAAUGGAAUAUAGAGGUCAAAAGAGGAUGUCCAGUCUCCUGCAUUCUUUCCCUCCACUUUAUUCCCUUGAGACAGGGUCUCUCACUGAACCUGAGGCUUGCUGCUUCAUAAAGCCGGCUGAUCAGUAAGACAAGUGAUCUACUGUGUCUGCACUUCACAGUGCUAGGGUUACAAGCAUCUGAGCAGCAUUUUUGUUGGUUUGUUUGUUUUUGUUUUUUGUUUUUUGUUUUUCGAGACAGGGUUUCUCUGUGUAGCUUUGUGCCUUUCCUGGAACUCACUCUGUAGCCCAGGCUGGCCUUGAACUCACAGAUCCACCUGCCUCUGCCUCCCGAGUGCUGGGAUUAUAGGCGUGUGCCACCACCGCCCAAGCAGCAUUUUUUUACAUAUAUAUAUAUAUAAUUUAUUUUUAUUUUAUGUUCACUGGUGUUUUGUCUGUAUGUAUGUUGGGGUAAAAGUGUCAGAUCUUGGAACUGGAGUUACAGACAUGUGUGAGCUGCCAUGUGGGUGCUGGAAUUGAACCUGUUACAUGGGUGCUGGGCUUGAAUUCGGGGUCUCAUGCUUGUGUGGCAAGUGCUCUUCUCUUCCCCACUAAGCCAUCUCCCCAACCCUCAGGGCUUUUGAACUAAACGAAAUGGAGUAAAAUAAAAUGGAGGAUGUUAGAGUCCAUUGCUCACAAUGGAGGUAAAUACUGA